GAGUAUUUGGAACGAACCAAGCGUACUGGGGUACAAAACUAUAAGCUUUGUAGGCGGCUCGCAGGGAAGAAGACAUUGCUUUACGCUCCGCUCGUGGAAUGGUAUCUCGACCAUGGCCUUGAGAUCACAGCGGUGCAUCGAACCAUCGACUACACCCGAGAGAAAACCUUUACCUGGUUCGUGAACAGAGAGCAGGCGCAAAGGAGACGAAGACCCAGACAAAGCCCUCCUCGCAGAGAUGUUCAAGUUGUUGGGAAACAGCGCCUACGGAAAGCUAAUCGAGGCGAAAGAAAGACAGACAAGGGUGAUAUACACAAGGGACCAA